AUCGAACGUGAAAACAACUCCCACAAGGAAGGAGCCCAACAAGAAGCAGCGACCGCUCCCCUCCUCCAACAUUCGCCGCCGCCGCCACCUCGUCGCCGUCGUCCUCCUUGGCAACCCCCUAACCGUAGGCUAAGCCCCUUUUAGAGCUUUCAUCCACCUUCGACGGCACAGCCAUGAACUCCGGCGCCACUGCCGCCGUGGCGCAGAACCGACGCACGCGCAGCCGUCCGCCGUCGGCGGCCUCCUCCCGCAAGUCAGAUGACCCCUCAGCCGCUGCCGCCAACGGAAACGGGAAGGUCCCCUCCAAGCCCACCUCUCCCAACCACGUCGCAGGGGAGAGGACGGUCAAGAAGCUGCGGCUGUCGAAGGCGCUGACGAUCCCGGAGGGGACGACGUUGUCAGAGGCGUGCCGGCGGAUGGCAGCGAGGCGGGUCGACGCGGUGCUGCUCACCGACGUCAACGGCCUCCUCUCAGGCAUUGUGACCGACAAGGACAUAGCCACAAGGGUUAUUGCCGAGGGGCUGCGGGUUGAGCAAACAAUCAUAUCCAAGAUCAUGACACGCAGCCCUCAUUACGUCACAGCUGACACACUUGCUAUCGAGGCACUGCAGAAAAUGGUCCAAGGGAAAUUUAGACACCUUCCAGUGGUUGACAAUGGUGAGGUUAUUGCCAUGCUCGACAUUGCAAAAUGCCUCUAUGAUGCAAUAUCAAGACUGGAGAAGGCAGCAGAACAAGGAAGUGCACUUGCAGCUGCUGUAGAAGGGGUUGAGCGCCAAUUGGGUAGCAACUUCUCAGCUCCUUCCACUUUAAUAGAAACUAUAAGAGAACGGAUGUUUAAACCUUCUUUGUCAACCAUUAUCACGGAAAGCACAAAAGUAGCGAUUGUUUCUCCUUCAGAUCCUGUUUAUGUAGCAGCCCAAAAAAUGCGUGAACUACGCGUUAAUUCAGUGGUUAUAACUACCGGAAAUUUGCUGCAAGGGAUCUUUACCUCAAAGGAUGUGCUUAUGCGUGUUGUGGCACAAAAUCUUUCUCCCGAAUUAACUCUAGUAGAAAAGGUAAUGACUGCACACCCUGACUGUGCCACAUUGGACACGUCAAUUCUGGACGCAUUACAUAUAAUGCAUGAUGGCAAAUUCUUGCAUAUUCCUGUUGUUGAUGGAGAUGGUAGAGUUGUUGCUUGUUUGGAUGUUCUGCAACUUACCCAGGCAGCUAUUUCUAUGGCUGAAGGAGGUUCUGGAGCUGCAAAUGAUGUGGCAAACACAAUGAUGCAGAAGUUCUGGGACUCUGCUCUUGCUUUGGAGCCUUCAGAUGAGGAAUUUGAUAGCCACAGCGAAAUGUCCUUAGUGAUGCCGUCAGAGGUCGGAGAUGGCAGGAGUAGCAUUUAUCCUGCUGUUGUUGGCAAUUCUUUUGCCUUUAAGCUUCAAGACAAGAAGGGACGUAUGCAUAGGUUUACAUGCGGUUCUGAGAGUUUAGAUGAGCUUGUGUCUUCUAUAACACAAAGAUUAGGCACUGUUGUUGAAAAGGGCCUAAUUCAACUUUUGUAUGACGAUGAUGAAGGCGAUAGGGUGCUGCUUACUACAGAUUCUGAUCUUGCCGGUGCUGUUCUCAAUGCCAAAUCAUCCGGAUUGAAGGUCCUGAGGUUGCACAUUGACGACUCGGAAUCCAGUCCUGAAGUUACAAAGCAAUCGCCGGAGCUGGUGCCUCCCCAGGAAAGUCAGCUGACACCUGUUCAUUACGGACUAAUGGCUGGUGCUAUUGCCCUGACUGGUGUCGCGGUGGUGGUUUACUUGAGGCGCUCGAAAGUGUGAAUUCUGGGAGGAACACUUAACUCCAAUCCUUACCUCUGUGACUAACGUCUCUGAGAAGACUCAAAACGCCUCAGCUCUUUAGCUGGCCAAGGAUGAGGAACUGAACACCUGAAAAAAGAAAAAGGAAAAGAAGGAAGAACUGAAGAUCGUGUACUAUACACCAGAUGCACUGAAGUCCAGAAACUAAUCAUCUGACAUCUCAAAUUUUUGCAUAAAUGAGUUUAGUUAUAUACCGGGUAGGAAGCACAAAACUACGAUAUAUAUUUUCAGUUUUAUUUUAGUUUCAUGAAUGUGGCGAAACAUGUGCCUUUUAUAACUCUAUCUCUACCAUAAAUCCGGUGAGGGAUUACUCUUGGGAUCUGACGUACUGUUUACAUAUUUUCUGAUAUGAGGAUAUAUUUAUGUCCA